AUGGUUAAGUUUGUGGAGAACCCGAAUGGGCACUGUCGGAUGUGCACCGAGUCCGACGAGGAAGGUGUACUUGUGGAAUGCUGCGAAUGUGACCGUUGGUUCCACUUGGCAUCUGUGGGACUGAAGGACCCGCCGAGAAGUGAGGACUACUGGACAUGCCAAAAAUGCUACGAGAUUGCAGAAAAUCAGCAAAAGAUGGAAGAAAAACUUAAGAAAUUGGAAGCCCAAGCCAAAGGCAAACGAACACCAUCGUCGGAAAGAACGACAACAACGGAAGAAAUAUUGCGUAUUUAUCAGAAAACUAUGGAGGCUCUCGUUAAGCAGCUCCAAGUUAAACCCGAACCAACUCCAGAUAUCAGUCUGGCCCAACCCAAUCAAAACGAAGAUUGGACAAUCUACCUGAAAAGGCAAGCUCUGGCUGACUUGCCUAGGUUUGAUGGCGCGCCAAAAGAUUGGCCAAAAUUUAAGAAAACAUACGAAGAAACCACAAAAGCAGGAGCUUUUACUAAUCUUGAAAACUUAAACCGGCUGCAGAAGGUUCUGCGUGGAAAUGCCGCAAAAACUGUGAGUCAACUUCUGAUCGACCCGGAGAAUGUCAAGAAAAUAAUCGAAAGACUAGAAGAAACAUACAGUCGACCAGAGGCGAUUUAUAACGAACUUCUCCACGAAAUAAUAAAAAUUCGUAAAGAGAAUAAAAGUGCAUUAUUAGAAAUAGCAGAUGCACUGGAUAAUCUCGUGAGUACAAUAAAUGUAAUCAAUUGUGCUUAA